GGGGGUGCCAGCACUAUGGGGCAAUGCAACGGCUUCCCAGCUCCAGCUAUAAGAGGGGAGGUGGCCGGGGUGGGCCAGAGGCCCCGGAGCCCUGGCCGCACCAUGACCCGAGGCCACCGAGCGCGCAGGCCCGCCCUCACCUACGUGCUGCUGGCCCUGCUGCUGGGCAGACCCACGCUGGCCUCGGAGAUCGUGGGUGGCCGCCCAGCUCGGCCCCACUCCAGGCCCUACAUGGUGUCGCUGCAGCGGCGUGGAGGCCACUUCUGCGGCGCAACGCUGAUCGCCAGGAGCUUCGUGAUGUCGGCUGCGCACUGCGUGAACGGCCUAAACUUCCGGUCAGUGCAGGUGGUGCUGGGCGCGCAUGACCUGCGGCAGCAGGAGCCCACCCGGCAGACUUUCAGUGUGGAGCGGAUCUUUGAGAAUGGCUUUGACCCUACGCUGUUGCUCAAUGACAUCGUGAUUCUCCAGCUCAACGGGUCAGCCACGAUCAAUGCCAACGUCCAGGUGGCCCAGCUGCCUGCUCAGGGCCGUGGCGUGCGGAGCGGGACGAGAUGCCUGGCCAUGGGCUGGGGCCGUCUGGGCACGAACCGCCCGAUCCCGAGUGUCCUGCAGGAGCUCAAUGUGACCGUGGUGACGUCCCAGUGUCGCCGCCGCGUCAACGUCUGCACCCUGGUGCCGCGCCGCCAGGCUGGGAUCUGCUUUGGAGACUCCGGUGGCCCCUUGGUCUGCAACGGGCUGGUCCAGGGAAUCGACUCCUUCAUCCGCGGGGGCUGUGGCUCAGGCUUCUACCCAGAUGCCUUUGCGCCGGUGGCGAAGUUCAUAGACUGGAUCAACUCUAUCAUCCACCCUGGCCAGUAUGGCCCCGGCCCCACCCCAGAGUCCCCGUGAGCAGGACCGGCUAGGAAUGGGUCACCUCCGCCUCUUCACCUCGACUGCCCGUGACAGCGCUCCUCACAUCUGGCACAAUAAAAGCCACUCUUCUGUACAGCGA